UGGUGCGCGUUAUCCAGCCAGAGAGUGAGAGAAAGAGAAUGGAUAUAGCUCUUUUCUCGGUUCAAUCUUCUCUCCCUCUUCCUAAUCAGCCUCAUGCCCGAUUGAACAAGCAUAAUACCUCAUGUCAAACAAUCUCUUACCAUCUUUCUUCUAAGUCAUUUGUUGCUCUGUGCUCUGCUUCACCGAGUUCUUCUUCUUCUUCUUCAGUGGUUGGGGUUCCUGAUGAAUCUGGAUACGGCACCACACAGAGCGGGGGUUGUAAGGCAUGUGGAAGAGAAGAGAUAGAGAAAGGGUGCAAUGGUAAAGGAAGGAUGCAGGGUGGGAUUGCCACUGUUCCUGGAUUUGGUUGGUGGCCCAUUAAAGCUUAUAGACCAUGCCCGGGUUUCGUGGCCUCCGGUGGUCGCUAUCGCCGAUACGGACAAAGCAUGGACGAGGUUGCCUUCGGCCGUGGUCCUACUCCCUCUUCCUCUCCCACCGACUCUAACCCGAUAAGCAACAAGAAGCAAGAUCCCAAGAAAUCAAAGAGAUAAUAUAAUAGCCUUCACACUCACUGCAUUGCUCAAUGUGGUUCUGCUUCGGAUGUUCUGCUCUACACUCGUACACUCGUUCACUAUUCCGCAAUUAAAUUUUGCGGAUGUAAUGCAACCAUGUAAUACUUCUUUCGGUUCCUAUUAGAGCAAACAUAACUUCAAAAAUCUUAACUACAUUAAGAGUUUCUCCAUUUUAAGUAUAAGUUAUAAGGAACACUACACUACAACGUCCAGCAGGGGAGAAAUUGCAAAUCUUGCCAGGGAAAAAAGGGUUCAUGGGUUCAUACCCCUCUAUCUCUCUCCAGAUUACAUUUUUGUUGGUUUCUUAUUCUCUUAUAAUUCAAACUAAUUUAAUUUCAAUACAUUUUAAGUGUGAAAAACAGAAGUAUUAUAU